AUGGCAGGAGAAGAGCAGAGCCAUCGCGUACAUCGCCCGACGAAAGAGAAGAAGCAGCGGGACUCGAGUCAGCCCAACCCGAAAGCCUUCGCCUAUUCCGCUCCAGGACGUCUCGCAAAGCAGGCCGCUCGAUCUCAUGAUGUCCGCGAGAAGAAGCUGCAUGUCCCGCUGGUGGACAGGCUGCCAGAGGAGGCGCCUCCGUUGGUAGUGGGUAUUGUUGGGCCGCCAGGUGUGGGGAAGACGACGUUGAUGAAGAGUCUGGUCAAGCGAUACACGAAGCAGAGCAUUUCGGACCCACGAGGACCGAUCACAGUUGUGACUGGCAAGAGGAGACGGCUGACAUUCAUUGAGUGUCCGAGUGAUAGUCUAGCGAGCACCAUCGACCUCGCGAAAGUGGUAGACAUCGUGCUUCUCAUGAUCGACGGCAACUUUGGCUUCGAGAUGGAGACGAUGGAAUUUCUCUCCGUCUUGUCUUCCACUGGUAUGCCUGGCAACAUCUUCGGCAUUCUCACCCACCUGGAUCUAUUCCGAAAGCAAGACACACUCAAAGCGCAAAAGAAGAGGCUGAAGCAUCGCUUCUGGAGCGAGCUGUACCAGGGUGCGAAGCUCUUCUACCUGAGCGGCGUGAUCAAUGGCCGAUAUCCAGAUCGCGAGGUGCUCAACUUGAGCCGCUUCUUGUCUGUCAUGAAGAAUCCACGGCCGCUUGUCUGGCGAAACAGUCAUCCGUAUGCGCUUGCCGAUCGCAUGCUUGACAUUACACCACCGACACAGAUUGAGGAGAACCCAAUGUGCGAUCGCAUGGUCGCAUUGUACGGCUAUCUACGUGGCACGAAUUUUCAGUCUCAGGAUGCAAGAGUACAUGUACCCGGUGUAGGUGAUCUGGGUGUGGCACAAAUCGAGUCGCAACCGGACCCGUGUCCUACGCCAUACUUCACGCAAGAGAAGGAGAAGCGAGAGGGUACGAAGAAAAGAAGGCGACUUGGUGAGAAGGAGAAGGUGAUAUAUGCACCCAUGUCUGAUGUUGGAGGUGUUCUGGUGGAUAGAGAUGCAGUAUACAUUGAUGUUAAGAGUAAUACGUUCGGCGCUGAAGAUGACGAUGCGGAGCGAGGAUUAGGUGAACAAAUGGUGGUCGGCCUGCAAGGCGGGCGGAGCAUACUCGGAGCGGAUGAAAAAGGCAUCGCUCUGUUUGGCAACGGCGAGAGGCUGCAGAAUGUGGACGACGAGGAAGAGGUGGCGAAUACUGGGCGAUCGAGCAGGCGUAGGCCGACAGUGGCAGAUCGAGGUGAGGACGAGGAGGACGAUCUUGAAGAUGAAGGUUUUGCUAGUGGCGAGUCGGACGACGAUGCGGAUCUGGAGACCCUGCAGCAAGCUCCUGAGAAGCUUGGUAAGGCACGCAAGGAUAAGGACGUGGACGGCGAUGUUGCUUUCGCGGAUAGCGACAGUGAUCUUGGCAGCCUUUCUUCGGUUUCUGAUCAAGAACUGGAGGACGGCGAUGAGGAUGAGGAGGAUGAAGAUUUUGACGACGACAAUGAUGAUGAUGAAGGCGCGUCGAGAUGGAAGUCUAGCAUGGCGGAACGCACCGCGGCUGCACAUGGUCGUAGACAACCAUACCGUGUCGCCGAGCUUGCACGUCUCAUGUACGAUGACAUGAUGUCGACCGCGGAGGUUCUAAAGCAAUGGCGAGGCGAAGAUGACGGAAAGGACAAUGUCACCUUGGAGGGCGAGCAGGAUGAUGAGCUCUUCCGGAAGCGAAGAGAGGUCGAGGAUGAUGUCGACGACCGCACGAUCGCAAAGCAUGACUACGCUGCUCUCGAAGCCAAGUGGAGGGACACAGACAACAUCGAGUCGCUGCGACAGCGCUUCGCAUCGACACGUGUCAGUGGCGCGAACGGCGAAGAACUUGGUUCGGACGAAGAAGGCGGCGCUCAAGAAGACGAUGAGGGCGAUGGCGAGUUCGAGGAUCUCGAAGGUGGCGAUGGUGGCGAAGCUGCGACCAGCGCUUUCGAGCCUACAGACGAAGUACAAAAGCUCGAAGACGAGCGCGCGAAGAAUGCAAAACGUAAAGAGGAGCUGAAGCUCCGUUUCGAGGAGGAAGAUCGAGAGGGCUUCCUCAACCCCAAGAACGCCAAUCGACAAGCUAGUGGAGCUGCAGAAGAGCGCGAGUUCGGCGAGGACGAAUGGUAUGAGAGUCAGAAAGCACUUCUGCAAAAGCAGCAAGAUAUCAAUCGGGCGGAGUUCGAGAAGCUGGACGAGCUUUCUCGUGUACGAGCUGAAGGCUACAAAGCUGGCUCGUAUGUGCGUAUCACGCUUGCAAACGUGCCAUUUGAAUUCUUGGAGAACUUCAAUCCACGAUUCCCAUUGCUCAUAGGCGGUCUGAACCCUACGGAAGAGCGCAUGGGUUUCGUCCAAGUGCGCAUCAAGCGGCAUCGAUGGCAUAAGAAGAUCCUGAAGACCAACGAUCCUCUCAUCUUCAGCUUGGGUUGGAGAAGAUUUCAGACGGUGCCGGUCUACAGUAUCUCCGACUCACGAAUCCGGAACCGGAUGCUCAAGUACACGCCUGAGCAUAUGCAUUGUUUCGGUACAUUCUAUGGACCUCUGGCGGCACCCAAUACUGGUUUCUGCUGUAUGCAGAGCUUCUCAAACAAGAACCCUGGCUUUCGUGUAGCUGCCACGGGCGUCGUGCUAAACGUGGACGAAGGAACCGAGAUCGUGAAGAAGCUCAAAUUGACGGGACAUCCGUACAAGAUCUUCAAGAACACUGCUUUCGUAAAAGAUAUGUUCAACACCGCGCUCGAAAUCGCCAAAUUCGAAGGCGCAGGCAUCAAAACCGUCUCCGGCAUCCGUGGCCAAAUCAAGAAAGCCCUCAGUAAACCCGAAGGCACCUUUCGCGCGACCUUCGAAGACAAAGUCCUCAUGUCCGAUAUCAUUUUCCUGCGAGCCUGGUUCCCCAUCCGACCUCAUCGGUUCUAUAAUCCUGUUACGAAUCUGCUAGAGGCUGGGACGCCGGAUACCUGGUCCGGGAUGCGCUUGACGGGCCAAGUGAGGGCGGAACAGAAUAUUCCUACCCCGAAGGUGGGAAAUAGUGCAUACCGCCCCAUCGAACUCGAACGGCAAGAACGACAUUUCAACCCCUUGCGCGUGCCGCGGAAACUGCAGGCAGAUCUACCGUUCAAAUCCCAGAUCACGAAGAUGAAACCACAGAGUCACAAGACUUAUGCGCAGAAACGUGCGGUGGUGGUGGGCGGGGAGGAGAAGGUUGCCCGACGGUUGAUGCAGCAGGUCAUGACGCUCAGGAAUGAGAAGGUGGAGAAGAGACGGGUGAAGCAGGAGGAGAGAAAGGUGGGGUAUAAGAUGGCGGUUAAGGAGAAUGAGGAGAAGAGAAGGGAGAGGGAGAAGAGGGAACGGGAUGAGUUUUGGAGGAGGGAGGGCAAGAAGAGGAAAGGGUGGGCGGAUGGCGCGGAGGGUGGUGCGCAGAGUGGUGGCGGUGGGAAGAGUGGUGGCGGUGGGAAGAGGUUUAAGAAAAAGAACGAUGUCUAUCCUUUCAUCGACCCUGCACAGGAUCUCAAGGGUGCAGCAGCUGGUAAAAUUGUCCUUGUAACUGGAGCAGGAGCUAAAGGUAUCGGAGGCAGCAUCGCCCAGGCCUUUGCCGUUGCAGGUGCGAGCCGUUUGAUUUUGGUUGGACGUCGCCUCAAACCACUUCAAGAGACCAAGGAUCUCAUAGCCAAAGUAGCACCGGAUUGCGCUGUCAUCGUCGCGGACAACAAGGAUAUCUCCGACCAGCAAGCCAUAGAGGGUUUGUUCGAUUCGUUGAAGCCGGACGUUCCAGAUGUCGUGGUUUCAAACGCUGCGACGAAUGAGAGUGCACUCGUAGCCGAGUCAGAUCCGGAAAGUUGGUGGCGAACAAUGGAGGUCAAUACCAAAGGCCCUUACCUCAUCGCCAGGACUUACAUUUCUGCUCUGAAGGCUGCGGGCAAGAAGAACGCCCACAUAAUCAACAUCUCAAGCAACAGUUCCUGGGCCUACGCGCCUGGCUUCUCCUCCUACGCUGCAUCGAAAAUGGCACUAAAUGCCUUGACCGAAUAUCUGGACAGCGAGUCCGUGGCCGCGGGUAGUGGUUUGCGAUGCGUAGCCGUGCAUCCCGGAGGCGUGUUGACAGAGUUGGCGGAUCGGACGAAUAUCCCUGAGAAGUUCCGGAAGUUGAUGACUGCAAAGCCGGCGUUGGCCGCGGGGACGGCGGUCUGGCUCACCACGGAGAGGGCGGAGUUCUUGAUGGGGAGGUUUGUGUCUGCUACGUGGGAUAUGGAGGAGCUGGAGAAGAUGAAGGAGAGGGUCGUGAAGGAGGAUCUGCUGAGGAGUCGAGUACUGGGAGUGGCACGUUGA